GGAGGUUUGGUGAAGGUAUGAAGUAAGGGUGGGUAUAGAGUAUAGACAAUAACAUAAACAUAAUAAAAAGAGAGUAAUGAGAAGAAGAUGCAAAGAGAAGAAGUGCAUGUGUGGGAUUAGCUGGAAUUGGCGGAAUUACCGGUGUCAAAAUUAAAACACUCACAGUGACUCACUCAGGUGCUACCUUUCUCAUUCAUUCUCUUCUCUUCUCUUCUCUUCUCUUUUCUUUUCUUUUCUUCGUAGAGAGUAACGAAGAAGAACCAGCACCCAAUCUACUUUACUUAUUCUCCUUCUUCUCUCUCUCUCUCUGACGUUCUUUUUAACCCCCCUCCCUCUCUCUAUUUUUAUUUUAUUUUUAUUUCAACCCAUCUUAUUUAUUAAUAUAUUUUCUUUCCCUUCUUUUUUAUUUUCUCCAAAUUUAAAAUUUUCUCUUUUCCCUCUGUCUUCCGUCAACUGAAGAAGAACAACAAUUUAGAGAGAGAGAGAGAGAGAGUAGGUAGAAACUCAAAUAAUAAUAAUAAACAACAAAAACCAAAUCACUCCAAGAUUUCUCAUCAAUGGAAUCACCCUUCUGAUUCAGUGAAAGAUAGAGAUUGAUGAUAAUGGUUGGAUCUUUGAGUCAUCGUUGAUUGAUAAUAAGAAAUGGUGGAUCGAAGAGGCAUAGUGUGGUUUCUGUUAUUGCUGUUUUUUCUGUGUUUUGAGGUAACAUUAGAGCAGAUUGAACCACUUAGUUCACCUAAGGAACGAGCAGCACUUCUUCAAUUAAGAACUUCUUUAGGUUUAAGAAGCAAAGAAUGGCCAAGAAAACCAGACCCUUGCUUAAUCUGGAUUGGUAUAACAUGUCAGAAUGGUCGUGUUGUUGGGAUCAACAUCUCUGGUUUUCGAAGAACUCGUAUUGGAAGAAGAAACCCUCAAUUUUCUGUUGAUGCUUUGGUUAAUUUCACUUUAUUGCAGUCUUUUAAUGCCUCUAAGUUUUACCUUCCUGGUCCAAUUCCUGAUUGGUUUGGUCUUAGUUUCAAUUCGCUUCGUGUGCUUGAUUUUCGUUAUUGUUCGAUUAUAAAUGCUAUUCCUAACACUCUUGGGAAUUUGACUAGUCUUAAUGUUCUUUAUCUUUCUGAUAACAAUCUUACUGGGAAUGUUCCUCAUAGUUUAGGUCAACUCUCGGGUCUUUCGGUUCUUGAUCUUUCUAGGAAUUCUCUUAAUGGCAUCAUACCAAUAUCUUUUGGCUUUCUUGUUAAUCUUUCUUACCUUGAUAUGUCUGGAAAUUUUUUGGCUGGUCCUGUUCCGUCGGGUUUAGGGACUCUUUCCAGGUUAAAGUAUUUGAACCUUUCUGGUAAUGACCUAAGUUCUUUGCCUGCACAAUUGGGGGGUCUUACUAGCUUGGUUGACCUUGAUCUUAGUGGGAAUUAUUUUUCUGGUGGUGUUUUUCCGGAUUUGAAAGGGUCGAGGAACUUGCGGAGAUUGAUGCUUGGAAACAGCAUGCUCAAUGGACCAUUGCCGGCAGAAUUGUUUACUGUUUCAUUGCAGUUGCAGAUCAUUGUGUUGAGGAAAAACAAUUUAACUGGUUCUUUGCCUGUUGAGUUUUGGUCUCUGCCGAGUUUGACUUUCGUUGAUGUGUCUUCCAAUAGCUUCAGUGGGUUGCUUCCGGGUUCAAGUUCUGCCGUCAAUUCUACUGUUGCGGCGCUCAAUAUUUCUCAUAACAUGUUUUAUGGAAAUCUGACACCUGUCCUCAGAAGGUUUAGUUUUGUUGAUCUUUCAAACAAUUAUUAUGAGGGAAAGGUUCUGGAUUUCAUGCAUAAUGUAUCAAUAAAUAGUAAUUGCCUACAGAACGCGACAAAUCAGAAGUCAACGGGGGAAUGUGCGUCAUUUUACAUAGAGAGGGGCCUCAGUUUUGAUGAUUUUGGACGUCCGAACACGACAAAACUCGCUACUGAAGGUUCUGGAAAGAGUAAUAAAACUAAGAUUAUAUUGGCGGGAGUCUUGGGUGGACUUGGUUUAAUUGCACUUUUGGCUUUGCUUCUGGUACUGUUUCUUUUGUGCACACGUAAGAGGGGUAAUACAAAUCAAAGGGGAAAUGGUGUGGGCCCUGCUCCGGCCGGAGGCAGUCCUCCGCCUCCUGGUGUAUUGGUAAACCUUGCAAAUGUAGGAGAGUCAUUUACGUAUCAUCAGUUGCUUCAGGCAACGGGAGAUUUCGGCGAUGCAAAUCUUAUAAAGCAUGGCCACACUGGGGAUUUCUUCAAAGGUGUUUCAGAAAAUGGGAUUCCCGUUGUCAUCAAAAGGAUUGACAUGCGAUCUAUGAAAAAGGAUGCUUACUUAUCGGAAUUGGAAUUUUUUAAUAAGGUUUCUCAUCAGAGAUUUGUUCCCUUAUUAGGUCAUUGCUUAGAAAAUGAGAAUGAGAAGUUCCUGGUUUAUAAACAUAUGCCAAAAGGUGACUUGUCUAAUUGCUUGUUCUUCAAAAACGCCACAUCUGAAGAUGGUACUUUGCAGUCAUUGGACUGGAUAACUAGGUUAAAGAUUGCUACCGGAGCAGCAGAAGCCGUAUCAUAUCUGCAUUAUGAAUGUAUUCCACCUAUCGUUCACAGAGAUAUUCAAGCGAGCAGUAUACUUCUCGAUGACAAAUAUGAAGUUCGGUUAGGAAGUUUAAGUGAAUCCUGUGUUCAAGAAGGUGAUACCCAUCAAAAUAAAAUCACCCGGUUUCUGCGAUUGCCUCAGUCCUCUGAACAAGGCGCAUCUGGUUCAUCAACAUCAGUUUGUACCUAUGACGUUUAUUGCUUUGGGAAAGUGUUACUUGAACUGGUGACUGGUAAGCUGGGAAUUAGUGCAUCCAGUGAUAGCGAAUUAAAGGAAUGGCUUGAUCAAAUUCUACCUUGCAUUAGCAUGUAUGACAAGGAGCUUGUGACAAAAAUCGUCGACCCGUCUCUGGUCUUGGACGAGGAUUUCUUAGAGGAAGUGUGGGCAAUAGCCAUUGUCGCCAGGUCUUGCCUAAACCCGAAACCUUCAAGACGACCGCCAAUGCGAUAUGUUCUCAAGGCAUUGGAAAGCCCAUUUAAAGUUGUAAGGGAAGAAAGUUUAAGUUCUGCGCGGCUUAAAGCAACCUCUUCUAGAGGCUCUUGGAAUGCUACUUUGUUUGGUAGUUGGCGUCAGAGUUCAUCUGAUGUAACAACAAUCCCGGCAACUUCUGGUACAAAGUUAGAAGGAACUAGUAGUUUGAAGCUUUCAGCAACUAGUAGUUCAUCAUCGCGGAGACGUCAUUCAAACGAGAUAUGUCCAGAGCCAUAUGGCUUACCUGAUGUAGAGAGGCUGGAGCAUGAAGGAAUAUAGGCUUAAGUUUAAAAAAAUAUCUUUUGGUAAUGAUAUAAUGCUUCUUUUAGUUCACCAAUACCCUUGUGCAUUUCUUGGGUAUCUGGAACUAAAAAGUGCUCAUUGCACAUUUUAGCAGACAAACUGACCUUGAACACAUGAUGAUACCUUUCAAAGAGGGUCAUUGUUUUUUCUUUUCAGUGGUUUUGGAUACAAACUUGUGGAGAUAGAUGUAGAGUGCGGAGAAGAACAAUUGGCAACUGCUGUGGUAGAUAUGGAUACUUCUUUGACUGCUUGUUUUGGACAGAGACAAGCUCCAUUUUUUCACCUGUAAUUGAAUUUUUUUUACCCUUUGUCCUGAGUCUUUUAGUCAAUGUACAUUUUGGAUUCGGAUCUUCUAAAUUGAGUAGAGAGUAAAAGUAAGUAAUGUCAACCGUUAAUGAGAAAAUUAAGGGUUGAUAAUUCAACAUACUUAUGAUUUUUCGUGUAUGUAUAUGUGAUAUUAACCAUUGAUUUAUUUAUCAAUUGCUGAUAUUACUUACUUUAUACUUUAAAGCAAGAAAUUCAUUUUGAGGACAUAGAUUGGUAAAUUUUAAUGUUUCA